CAUAACAUUGACUUCAAUGUUUUCCUCUUGAUUGUUGAUUAUUUUUUUUAGUUCUUGUUAAUUGUUACCCUUUGAAAUUAAAUUUUCGUAUUACAAAUCUACCUUUGGCCCUAACCAUGACUUGGAAUCAAUUAAAUCAUAGUCAACUAUGUUAAUUGUUAAUCUCUAACCAUCAUCACCUUCAUGACUUGAUUUAUAUAUUUUUUGUACUAAUAAUUGUUUUUUUAUAUGUUAACCUUUUUAUUUGAAUUAAUUUAUUAAUCUUUUGGAUUUUUUUUUUAAUUGUUGUUACUGUUAUUUGUUAAGAGUUACUCUAAGGUUUUGUUACCAUGUUAGAGGCGGAUUUAGAUGAUGUCUGGGAUUCAGAAAGAUCGCCGGUUAAUGUUGGUGGACAUGAUGAACAAUCGAUUGAAUCUGAGCCAAGGUUGAAGAUCGAGAGGAUUGAAAAUCAUAUAACUCAAGUACUUCAGAAAGACUCAAUCAGCUGUGUUGCUGCUCAUUGGAAGUAUAUUGCUGUCGGUACUCGUCUUGGUAAAAUUCAUAUUGUUGACCUGCAAGGAAAUUGUGUCCAUGAACGCCUCUCACAACUCAGUUUGCAUACAACUGCAGUUAAUUCAAUCAGUAUUGAAACAAAGGGCGAGUAUAUUGUUUCUUGUUCUGUUAACAAGGCUGCCAUUUUUGGUCUCUAUUCAAAUGAUUGUAAUAAUACAUUCAACUUUGAUCGGCCGGUUCACUGUGUUGCCAUUGAUCCGGCCUUUUGUCGCCCUGGAAGCAAUCGUCGUAUUGUCACCGGCGAUGAGAGAGUUGUCCUUCAUGAGAAAAGUUUUCUCUCUCGAUAUAAGUCCGCUUUACUCCAUGAGGGUUAUGGUCAAAUACGUUCAAUUAAAUGGCGAGGUAAUCUAAUUGCUUUCGCUUCAGACAAUGGUAUUCGUAUUUACGAUAUGGAUGAACGGGUUGUAAUCUGUUUCAUUGCUCGAGAGUCAGAGCCAAGUAUUACCUUAGAUUUUAAUCGUAGUUAUCUUUGUUGGAAAAGUGAUACUGAAUUUAUCAUCGGAUGUGCCAAUUCAAUCAAAUCAUGUCAAGUUGCUCGAAGAUCAAUUAGAUCCAUAGAUGUUGAUAAAUUACCUUCGAAACAAGUUAUCAUACCCUCGAUGUGUACAAUUGGUUCACCCAUUUGUGGAAUAGCUCCUUUAGAUACUAAUGCAAUCGUCGUUCUCACAUCAUCUUCACCUUUAACCGAUUCACAAUCAUCGUCUACUAUUGACAUCGAUACCAAUAAUUGCCCGAGGGAAGAAGAUGAAAAAGCUAAAGAGAACCCAGAAUCUAAUCAUCCAUCCUUGAUUAUAAUUGAAUCAGCACAUGAUGAAUAUGAAGAGAUAUCAAAUGAUUCGCUAUUUCCUCGAGGAUACAGAAAUUAUAAACACAGUGAUUACUCAUUGGAAUAUCUUUCUGAGGAUGGGAUUUAUUUUGUCGUUUGUCCAAAAGAUUUGAUUAUUGCCAAGCCAAAAGAGGACGAUGAAAGGUUAACCUGGUUAAUUGAGCAUAAAUUUUUCGAUCAAGCCUUAGACCUCGUUAAAAAGGGUAAAAAUAUCCGUCAACAUAAUCAACUGUCGAUUGGUAAAGCUUAUUUGGCUUUUCUCUUUAGUCAAUCAACUGAUCGAGCUUUUCAAAAAGCGGGUGAACUUUGUCCCUCGAUUUUGGGUAAUUCUGUUGACGCUUGGCGAGAGCAAGUUCACGAAUUCACCAAAUCUGGACAUUUAAUAGCACUGGCCCCUUUUAUACCGAUAGGUGAUCCGAUUCUCCUUGACAUGGAAACAUAUGAAUUGGUAUUAAAUGAUUUCUUGGUAAGAGAUUCCAGUGGUUUCCUUCAUCUCAUCGAAACUUGGCCUUCGACCGCUUACAAUGUUUCCAAUAUGACGAAAACACUUUUUCAAGCUUAUGCCAAAGAUCCCGAGAACAAGAAAUUAUCUCAAGCGUUGGCGCAAUUGUACAUUUACGAUGGUAAACACGAGAAAGCAGUUUCGAUCUAUUUAGAGAUCGGUGACGGAGAAAAGGUAUUCGAACUGAUUCGAGACUAUCAAUUGAAUCAACUCCUUUUAGAAAAAUUAGAAUCACUAAUGGCUGUUAAUCCAAAUGGAACCUCUAAACUGUUAUUGGAACAACGGAAAACCAUACAGGUCGAUUUCGUGGUUGAUAAAUUGAAACAUCGACAUGAUCUCCUUUGGUCUUACCUCGAUAAAGUUGUUCAACAAGAUGGUGACCUGUGUGCCGUUCAUCACGAUCUUUUGAUAACCUUAUAUGCUCAAUAUGUGCCCGAAAGGGUUUUACCUUUUCUUCAAAGCUCUAAUCAUUUCUUGGAAAAAGCUCUAAAAGUUUGUGAAAGGUACAAUCUUAUACCCGAAACCGUUUAUUUGCUCAGUCGAAUGGGUAAUUCAAAAGAGGCCUUACAUUAUAUUAUCGACAAAAUGUCCAACAUUAAUUAUGCCAUUGAAUUUUGUCUAAAACACGCUGACAAUGAUCUCUGGGAGGAUUUGAUUUCUUAUUCACUCGAUAAACCUGAAUUUGUUGCCGUCCUACUUUCAUCAGUUGGUACUCAUUUUCCCGACCCAGUGGCCUUUAUUAGUCGGAUACCUAAUCGAAUGGAGAUUCAAGGACUUAAAGAUGGACUAUUGAAAAUACUUCGUGAUUAUCGUGUCCAAAUUGCCUCAGAAGAGACUAGAAAACAACUUCUAGUUACUGAUUGUUAUAAAUUGUUGGAGAAAUUGAAUCGCCAUCAAAAAAAGGGAACCUUAAUGGCCGAUGAUAAAGCUUGUAAUAAAUGUUCAAGAAAGGUUCUUAGAAGAGAUUUGUCUCGUGCCUCGAAUAUAAUUAUUUUUAAUUGUUCCCAUAUUUUCCAUGAAGAAUGUCUACCAAUUACCGAAGAUAGGUUCGUUUGUAGUGUUUGCCGGAUUAAUAUUGGAAAUUUAAUCUCUCAAACUUAGCAUCAACCUCAAAGGUUCACAUUGUGCCUUCGACCUUUAAUGUAGAUAUCAAACCUCGAGGCUGAAUGAGAGUUUGUCUCAAUCGGUUAAUCUGUUUAAAUGAUUAUCCUCAUUAUAAAAUAAUCUAUUGGGCGAUUUUUCUCCCUAAUCUUGGAGACUUUUUUAUAUAAAUAGAAGGGUCCAAAUCGUAUCAUAUCAUUGCCAGUCCUCGAUCAAUUCUCUUCUCUUCAAUUGUGUCUUCGUCAAAAUGCCAGCUCUCAGUACCUACGAAACUCUUGAACCUUUGAUGGUUCCACUCCUAACCGAUGCUCUCCUCAUUCCAGCUUUUCUCAUCGCCAGGAAAUUAGCUUCCGCCAUCUUCAUGAUCGGUGCAGUUCUGUUCAUAAUCGCGUCAAUUUUGUCCAAUGCGUUUACAAGUGUCCCUGGUCUUGAAAUUUCUUCUCAUCGAGUGACUCGAGAAACUUCAACUUCCGUUUGGAAUUCAUUUCAGAAUUUAGAAAAAGAAAUUCCUUUUCAAGUGAAAAAAGUUCUUCAAUUUCUAAAUUUGGAAAGUGAAGAAUGUCCUGAGUUGAUUCAAUACACUCUGAGUUGUGACGCAUAUAAAAACUAUCCUGAAUGGACUUCGAUGAUGAAUAACACGCUCGCCGAGAAUUCAUUUUUCUACAGAGUUCUGGAUAAAAAUACACAACAAUUUGUUGAUUCCAUAGUUGAUGGUGCUUCUUGUGGAAUGAAAAAGUUCAAAUGUUCAACAAUCGCCUUGUUCCAAGAUCUCCUUGAAAGAUUCAUCACCAAAAUGUCCCAUCCUGAUAAAAGUCAAGUCCCAACAACAACACCAGAACCAAGAUCAACAAUUAAAUCUUACGAAAAAAUCUUAUUUUCUAUCAUCAAUUUAGUUAAAAAAAAUAAAAACGCAUAAAUUCAUUAAAACAGAUUCUAUUCAUAAACUAGAGUAAUUAAUAAAAGUAAUAUUCAUUUAA